CUGUAACGUGUUCAAGUCUCUUGUUUUCUCGGGUCCUAUAUUUUACUUUUCAUUCCAAACCCACCGAACGAGCUUCAACAUGAAAGCACCAGUGAAAUUAAGCGGCCUCGUUCUUAGUAUACUCUCUGCUGGCACCACCGUGAUGGCACGGUCCGCCGUGUACAUGGCGUCCAGCAAUGACCAACCUUUGGGACCCAUUGACAAACCCACAAUUUCUUUGGAUGCUUAUUCCGUGGUCAUGUCACAAUUGACUGAUACUGCUGACACACACCCCGUUAUGCAAUGGAAAGAUGCGUACCAACAACAAACAUUCGAAUCUGUGCGUGGUGUAUGGAACAACCGCGAUGCAUGGCUAUGCCAUGAACAAGAUGACGUGUUUGAACCCAAGCUUGAUAGUAUCUUGUAUGUUAUCGUAUCUGGCGUCGAGCAACCUGAAGCCAUCUUGCCUGAUCCCGCAUUCUAUGUAUCUGAGAAUCAUGCUCAUGCGUUCAAGGAUGUGGCCAAGGAUAACGUCGAAUCUGUCUCUGCUAGCGGCCGAUCUGCUACAGCACUCAAGCACGCUUCAUCAUCAUCAUCUGAAGAAGAACUUAUUGAACAAUUCAAAGAAGCGUUUGGCGAUGUAUUUGAUUUGGACGAAAAGGCAGACAAGUCGUUUGCUACCGAAGUCAUGCAUUUGAAGAGCAUCGUUGCUGAUGCCAAAUCAAACGCUUUCUCCACGAUCCGUGUUAGAGGAUUAAAGACUUUGGCAAAGGAAUAUGGUGUAAAGUCGACGCAAUAUACCGAGGGUGAGCGUAUCCUGAAUGAACUCUUCCAAAAGACCGUGAUACCCGAAUUCCUUGAAGGCGAGAAGCGACGUGCGCUUGUGUCUGUUGUUCUUACUCCUGCCAAGCAUGCUGUUUUCCGCAAGCGUGCUCUUCCCGAAACUGAUGUCUGCUACAAGACCGAGGACGACUGCAUCAACGGCACCUCGGGCUGCACGGGCCGUGGAUCGUGUGUUGCUGACAGCAACGAUUGCUAUUCGUGCCAGUGCAAGGCUGCUUCUUUCCAGGGCGAAGCAUGCGAGGUUGAGAAUGUGGUUGCCGACUUCCAGCUGUUGUUCUGGACAGGCGUCGCCCUGAUCAUCUUGACGACGGGCUCGCUGAUGUUUGUUUACCAGAGCGGCGGAGGCUCGGACAGUGAGGGUGUCAUGAUGGUGCCUCAGUCCUUGCCAAAGCAGGACUAGAAAAGAUUAAAGUGCACACGACUGAUGUGGUCUAUGUACACAGUACUGUAUUAUCCAGAGACAAGAAAAAAAAAGUGUGUUAUCUGAAUUAAAGUUGCUCCCUUCUGUUAUACCAUAUCCAAUCAAAUGCCGUGGGAUUGCGUGAGUCCGCUGGGUCCAGUCGUCUUCCCGGGACGUUUGUUUGGUGGCAGUGACAGCUACUGCCACAGCAAAACGGAAUAUAAAAGAAAACGAUAACACA